AUGGCGUUUGAUUUGUGGGAAAUUAUUGCCUUUGAUUACAGUGAUGGCAACAGAUUUGGGAUGAUUUCUACUCAUUCUGGACACUUGAGCACUGAAGGUCACGCUUUCUGCACGAAGUCCUCUCAGACUAAGCACCCUCCACUGCUCAAGAAUCACAUGGUUGUUCACUAUAAUAAACUCUUUUCAACCAAAGCUGUGAUAGACUGCUCAAUCCCAGUAAGCAUGAGUGCCAGCAUCGAAUAUACAGACCAACGAUGGAGAGAAAAGCUCAAAAAGGAAUUAGCACGAUGUGAAAAAGAGUUUAAAUUAAGUAAAACUUCAAUCCAGGCCAAUUCUAAGAAUAACUUCAAGUCAUUUUUUAACACUCUCUGAAAGCCUUCGGGGGAUCCACAGAAUCAGGACAUGUUGAUAGAAGUGAAUGGAUUUCCAUCCUUUGCAAAGGCACCUCCUUCUUCAGAGACACAGCUAAGUCGAGGUAAAUCUGACAAGGUCCUCAUGAAUGGCGCUGCAAAGGACUGCAGUUCCUCUCUUCCCAGCAUGGACUGUGGAACCUGACCCCAAAAGCUGGGGCCUGGAAUGCUAUAUGGCAGGAGGCCCAGGAACACAUCCCCCGAUUGCGCCCCCGCCUCCCGGUUUCAGGUAGUCAUGUCCAAAGCACCCAGUGGGGAUCAUUUGGAAAAACAUGCUGACUUCUCUAACAAACAAUUCUCAUUCACUCCAUGCACUUUAAAAACAGAAGCAAGAUCCUUCCUGUCACGCUAUCGAUAUUAUACACCUGCCAAAAGAAAGAAUUUUACAGAUCCAUAGAUAGAGGCUGAAACCCAGACUGAAUUAAGUAGUUUUAAUUCUGACUUGGGAACAUCUGAGAUUAAGAAAUUGACAGAUUCAGAAGUGAAUACAAAGCAGGCAUCUAAUUAUAAGACAUAUGGGACUAAAGAAAAAAUAACCCCUUUGUCUUUACAAGGACAUGACUUGACAUGGGAUGAAAUUAAGGACGGCACUCCGUGGCAUUCCUCACAAAGAACAAUACGUCAGUAUUCUGUGCAGCUUCCUUCAGAGAAUAAAAUCUACUCCCAUGAAGAAGAACUAUUGUAUUUGAGCUUCCCUGAAGAUAUAACAAACGAAAUUUUGAAACUUUGUUUAUUUUCCAGCAGGGUUUUUGAACGACUGUUCCAGCGACUUGUAAAACAAAAUAAACAUCCUUUGAAAGAGGAAAAAACGCGCCACCUGCUGCAUGGCCUGAAAAUAGGCUGCGCAUCAGAGGAAAACUCAGUUAAGCCAAAGGAUCUUGUAAAUGAUGAAACAAACCUUGAACCUUCAAUUUGGGAUGGAAAUAAUGCAGGGAUUUCAGACAACUUGAGAGACCACAAAACUUCUGUGAACAUCAUUGAAGAUGACAGUGACACUGAAAAGGCUGAGACAGCAGAUGAGUUGAGCUGUCUUAGCACCUCACUGUCGCAGUCUGUUCAGUUUCUUCUGCAUGUGGAUAGCCGGUUUUCCCAGCACGAUUUGGCAAGGAGCCUAUCUACUCCAGCAAAAGUUUUUGACCUCCUUGUUAAAGAACAGGGAGUGGAAGUGAUGCUAAUAGUGGUCUCAGCCACUAUUGCUAUGUACUGCAUACAUAAAGGUGUAGGCUCACAGCCUCCUCCUUGUGUGCAAUUCUGCAAUCCAAUGUGCAAACUGAAUUUCUUUGGCAAGUUUCCAACGAAAUUUAGUGAUGUUAGACGGCGGCCCAAACUGGUUACUGUUAUGGUUGGAGAAGAAGCUCAGUGCUGUGCAGAUGGAGGCAGCCUCAAAGCUGUCCUUUUUCAUCUCAUGGCUACAGCUUUCCCGCAGCAAAUCAACAGCUGGACUUGGGCGUCUUCUAGUGCUUCACCUUGA